CGCGUUAGUAUCACACUCCGCCAUUUUUACCCACGAGGAUGCCGUCGAUAGAUACAGACACGUCAAUCAGCUGGGCUGACCAAGUAGAAGCCGGCGAAGAAGAUGAUCUUCCACCUCCAUCUGAAGAUUAUGAUGAGGCAACUGGUAUUAAGAAAGUCACAGAGUACAAGAUUAAUGAAGAUGGAAAGAAGGUGAAGGUUGUCAAGACAUACAGAGUGGAGACACGCAGAGUGUUCAAGACCAUUGCCAAAAGAAAGACUUGGAGGAAAUUUGGUUUAGCUGCCAAUGACCCCCCUGGCCCCAACCCGGCCAACACAGUGCUAGGAGAGGAGGUCUACAUGGUGUUUGUACACAAUAAAGAGGUACAAGAUGACAGUGAGGAAGAUCCUCUGGCCAAGUUAAAGGGACAGAAACUGGUCUCCUGUCGUAUUUGUAAAGGUGACCAUUGGACCACAAAAUGUCCUUAUAAGGACACACUUGGUCCUAUACAGGAAACAUUAGCAGAAGGAGACAAGGCUCCAGGAGACUCCUCUCAGCCGGCACAGCCUGCACCAGUCCCUCCUCCCAAAGUGGGAGGCAAAUAUGUACCUCCCAGUCUUAGAGAGGGGGCAAAGACAGGCAAAGGAGAUUCCAUGCUGCCCAAUAAAAGAGGAGAUGAAGCUGCAACGAUCAGAGUGACCAAUCUUUCGGAAGACACACGGGAAGCAGAUCUUCAAGAAUUGUUCCGGCCAUUUGGAGCAAUAUCCAGGAUAUACCUGGCAAAGGAUAAAAAUACAGGGCAAUCAAAGGGUUUUGCCUUUAUAAAUUUCCACCGAAGAGAGGAUGCUGCUCGAGCUAUAAAAGGAGUAUCUGGAUUUGGUUAUGACCACUUGAUCUUGAAGGUUGAAUGGGCAAAACCGUCGGGCACACAGUGAGUGCAGUUAAACUGAAGAGAUCUGCUUACUAUGGCAUCUUCCAAUUUGAGGCAACUUCAAAGACAUUCGCAGUCAUUUAUUUUCUUCAUUUAUUAUCUUCAAGUACAUUGACAAAAUUACAUUUUUCGUAAUACUGGGUGUAAAAGAAUAAAUGUGUAAGAUUAUUCAGAUUAUUCAUUAAUUUAAAUGGAACCAAGUGAGUAUGGAUACACAGGAAUAGUUUUUUCCUUUGUUUUUGGAUGAAAUCGCAGUCCUCCUCAUUAAGUGCAUUGCUAACUCCUGUAAUUAAAACACAUUUCCCCAAGGAAGGAUACUUUGUACAAGAAAAUUAACUCGAGGCCGAAGAAAAGGAAAAUUUGUGUAAAGCUGUAACAUCGCAUAGGAUGACUUUGGUGGGAGGAUCCUUGGUUCUCUAUAUCGCAUCAUUAUCGCUAAAGUGAGUUUAUUUCUACUAAGACAAAUGGAUUUGGCGAAGAGUAACUCGUAUUUGCGCCAAUUUUUUUCCAAAUAAAUACGGAACUUUGAAAUGAAUGUCUUAUCAUCCUAGCACCUUGCUGUUGGCACUCUUUAAUGCAUUUUAUGGUGAGGCCCGCAUUGAAUGAAUGUACGAUCUAGACCCGCGUACUUGCGCCCAAAAAUAAAAAAAUAUCUAGGAAUUUAUCGGGGUUUUUUUACUUAUUAGUAGAAUACCU